AUGUCUAGUCCGUUUAAUAUUCGUCCUAAAUUCUCAACAGUUGCAAUCCGUAACCUUUUGGCGCGCGCGGCUAAAAAAUCGGGAGGACCACCACCAGGAACUCCAGGAUACCAAAGUAGUAAUAUCACUGACACGCGAUAUCAAGUAAUUAAAAGGAUCCUCUACGAAACUCCAAAACCCGAACUUCCGCCGAUGACCGAGGAAGAUAUCGAAAGACACAAGACCAUUGAAAGAGCUUGGAAAUUAUUUAUGCGAAAUCAACGUGAAAAACGUGACGCCGAAAUGGCUGCCAAGUACAGAAUGUUAGACAAAGCAAAUAGAGAGCUAGAGAAAUUACCAUCAAGAUUGUUUGUCCAAGCUCAAAUGGGAAACAAGACCACGUUAUUUCCGAAGCAGAUGAAAGUUCCGACAGAAACUCCCCCUCUAAAAGGUUGGAAUAAUGAUUUUAAGUCAUCCUAA